GGAAGAGAGUGAGGAGGGAGGGGGCGGCGGGGGGUAGCCGCCGCCGCCGCCAUCUUGUCGCGGAGGAGCCGAGCGGAGCGGGCGGGACCCGGCGGCGGGGCCUGGACAGCAUCAUUGAUGUCCAGCUCCCCGCUGUCGAAGAAGCGCCGCGUCUCCGGGUCCGAGCCGCCGACGGGCUCCAGCCGCGCCCCCGCCUCCGCCGUCCCCCCCAGCGUCACCCCUGCCAACGGCAUGGCGAAGAACGGGGGCGAGGCCGAGAUCGAUGAGGGGCUUUACUCCCGCCAGCUGUACGUGCUGGGUCACGAGGCGAUGAAGCGGAUGCAGACGUCCAACGUCCUGGUGUCGGGGCUGCGGGGGCUGGGGGUGGAGGUGGCCAAAAACCUGGUGCUAGGGGGGGUCAAAUCCGUCACCCUUCACGACCCCCAACCCGCCGCCUGGCCUGACCUCGCUUCCCAGUUCUACCUGCGGGAGGAAGACGUGGGGCAGAACCGGGCGGAAGCAACGCUGCCCCGAUUAGCUGAGCUCAACGCCUACGUGGCCGUCACCAGCACCCGCCAGCCCCUCAGCCAGGAGCUUCUAGCACCCUUCCAGGUGGUGGUGUUGACCAACUCCUCGUUGGAGGAACAACUCUGGGUUGGGGACUUUUGCCACAGCCAUGGGAUCAAGCUGGUGGUGGCCGACACCCGUGGGCUUUUCGGGCAGCUUUUUUGUGAUUUUGGGGAUGACAUGGUGGUGACGGACACCAACGGGGAACAACCCCUCAGUGCUAUGGUUUCCAUGGUGACUAAGGGGUGCCCGGGGGAGGUGACGUGCCUGGACGAGGCUCGUCACGGCUUCGAGACGGGCGAUUUCGUCACCUUCACUGAGGUGGAGGGUAUGGAGGAGCUGAACAGCUGCGGUCCCGUCGAGAUCCGUGUCCUCGGGCCGUACACCUUCAGCAUCGGGGACACCAGCGGUUUCGGGGACUACGUGAGGGGGGGGAUCGUCACCCAAGUCAAGAUGCCCAAGCAUAUCCGCUUCAAGCGGCUGCGGGAGGCGCUGGUGGAGCCGGAGCUGAUGAUCACCGACUUCGGGAAGGCUGAGAGACCUCCCAUCAUGCACUGGGGCUGGCAGGCCCUGCACCGCUUCAUACGCCAACAUGGCCGCCCACCUCGGCCACGCCACCAGGGUGACGCUGCGGAGGUGGUGGCCUUGACCCGGGAGGUGGCCCCGGGGGCGGAGCUUGACGAGGAACUGCUGCGGGAACUGGCUUUCCAAGCCACCGGCGAUUUGGCGCCCGUCAACGCCUUCAUCGGGGGAUUGGCGGCCCAGGAGGUCAUGAAGGCGGUGUCGGGGAAGUUCACGCCCAUCACCCAAUGGCUCUACUUUGACGCGUUGGAGUGUCUUCCUGAAGAGAAUAAGGAGACGGUUCUUACAGAGGAGCAGUGUCGCCCGCGCAACAGCCGCUACGACGGGCAGAUCGCGGUGUUCGGAGCGGAGCUGCAGGCCAAGCUGGGUGCCCAGAAGUACUUUGUGGUGGGGGCCGGGGCCAUCGGCUGCGAGCUGCUGAAGAACUUUGCAAUGGUGGGACUGGGCUGUGGCCCUGAGGGUUGCAUCACCGUCACCGACAUGGACACCAUCGAAAAGUCCAACCUCAACCGUCAGUUCCUCUUCCGGCCCUGGGAUGUCACGAAACUGAAGUCGGAACGGGCGGCAGCAGCGGUGCGGGAGAUGAACCCGGCGCUGCGGGUGAGCAGCCGCCCCGACCGCGUCGGCCCCGACACCGAGCGUGUCUACGAUGACGACUUCUUUGAGGCCCUGGAUGGCGUCGCCAAUGCCCUGGACAACGUUGACGCCCGGCUCUAUAUGGACCGGCGCUGCGUCUAUUACCGAAAGCCGCUGCUGGAGUCGGGGACACUGGGGACGAAAGGGAACGUGCAGGUGGUGAUCCCUUUUCUGAGUGAAUCCUACAGCUCCAGCCAGGACCCUCCCGAGAAGGCCAUCCCCAUCUGCACCCUCAAGAACUUCCCUAACGCCAUCGAGCACACUCUCCAGUGGGCGCGUGACGAGUUCGAGGGUCUCUUCAAGCAGCCGGCGGAGAAUGUCAACCAGUACCUGACGGACCCUAAAUUCGUGGAGCGCACCCUGCGCCUGGCGGGCACCCAACCGCUGGAGGUACUGGAAGCGGUGCAGCGCAGUUUGGUGAGCGAGCGGCCCCGGGCUUGGCCCGACUGCGUGGCUUGGGCCUGUCGCCAUUGGCACCGUCAGUACAGCAACAACAUCCGUCAGCUCCUCCACAACUUCCCCCCAGGCCAGAAGACGAACUCGGGGACCCUCUUCUGGUCGGGGCCCAAGCGCUGCCCCCACCCCCUCGUCUUCGACCCUGACAACGUGAGUAGGGCGAUGGGCGGAGCCUCC